AUGGACGCCAAUGACAAAGGCGCUGUCCAGUUCGACGAGCUCGCCGUCGCCAUCCUCCCCGACAUGGAAGACCAACUGUUGGAGGUCUUCCGCUCCUUCGACCGCGACGGCAACAGCUACAUCACGGUUGUGGAGCUCGAUGGCCUAUCUCGAAAUAAGCGAGAUGAACUCUGUGAGGCUGACAAGAAGCGGCGUCACUUUAGCCCCGCUGCUGCUGCCGGGAAGAAGCAACUUGCGCCGUUAUCUGAGAAGAAAAAGAAACUUGCAGACAAAAUUGCAGCUUCAGGCUUCUUGGUAGUGGCUCCUGAUUUCUUCUACGGUGAUCCGUUUGGCCUUGAAAAGUCUAGAGAAUCAUGGCUAGAGGCUCAUAGUCUGGACAAAGGUUGUGAGGAUGCCAAGAUUGUAAUUGAUGACUUAAGAAGCAAAGGAGUGUCCAAAAUUGGAGUAGCAGUGAUGGUUGCAGUGAAAUUGGUCAAAUUUGACUGCAUACAAGCAGUAGUUUUAUUGCAUCCAGGUCCCAUUACAGAAGACGAAAUAAAUGAAGUCAAGAUUUCAAUUGCAAUAUUGGGAGCAGAAAUCGACAACCAUGCACCACCCGAGCUCUUGAAAAAACUAGGAGAUAUUUUAUCAGCAAAAGCAGAUGGUGGCCGCAUAACUGGAUUAAUUCGUGACGUUAACAUUACAAAGAUGAGUGACAAGUUCGAGGAUGGUAGAAACUCCUGGUUUGCUCGUUUUCCGUUUGACGUUGCUUCCUUUGUUUGGAUUCUCGAUGUAUUUCAGAAUUUGUUUUUUGUUUUUGGGAAGUUUUUUGACAUGAAAGGAGGAAAUUCGAAGGCUGAUUCGAAGAAAGCCGACAGCAGGCUUGCUGUUAAGAAACAGACGAAGAAAGGAAAGCAGGCAGCAAAGGAUCCAAACAAGCCAAAGAGGGCUCCAAGUGCUUUCUUUGUUUUCAUGGAAGGCUUUAGGCAGGAAUACAAGGAAAAGCACCCUAAAAACAAAUCAGUUUCUGCUGUUGGCAAAGCUGCUGGUGAAAAGUGGAAGUCUAUGAGUGACGAGGAAAAGGCUCCCUUUGUGGCAAAGGCUGAGAAGAAGAAGAAGGAAUACGCGCGACAGAUGGACGCCUACAACAGAAAACUGGCUGGAGAAGGUGAUGAAGAGUCGGAUAAAUCAAAGUCUGAGAUUCAUGAUGAGGAAGAUGGGGAAGACAGUGAGGAGAACAUGGAAGUUUACGUAGUAUUCGAUGAAGAUGCUUUUAAUUAUCAAGCUGUGCAGUGUUUCAUGUGA